AUGUUUCGUCGUCGUUCCACCAUGCAGCCACCCCCAGAUGACGCUCCUCCGCAGUCGUCCUUGAUGAUGCUGAGCCGGUCCGAACACACGCCUCGGAAACAACAACAGCAGCACGACAAGAAGAAGAAGCGCUUUACUCUGAUCGAGACCAAGACACCCAUCUCCGUCCUUCACGAUGACAGUGGCAGGACGACCACCGAAGACGGCAUUUCCCUCUUGACGGAUGUGUCCGACACUGUGGAUGAUGUCUUUACGUUGGGCCGCACUGCGAGUGGUGAGACGGGUGGUCGCGCCAAACGCAAAUCCAGCUGUACGGCCAUUAUCAAACCGCGCAGUGAUUCGUUGCGCAGUGGCAUGGAUCGAGCGCAUAGCUCCCUGACUAUGAAUACACUCCGCUUUAGUGAAACCACGUUGUACGGACGCGAUACCGAAUUGGCACAACUCAAGGACGUCUUUGGCCGCGCCAAAAUUACACCCGCUUAUACUAGUACUCAUUUCUCUGCCACUAGCAACAACAAUAAGCGCCGACAAUUGGUGACUCUCAGUGGCCCCGCUGGAGCGGGCAAAAGUGCCCUUGUGCACAAUUUGAAACCGACGAUACUGCGAGAAGCCGGCUUUUAUUUGGGUGGCAAAUUCGAUCAACUCGGCGAUGAGCCCUAUUCGGCAUUUACCAUGGCGUGUCGAGAACUCUGCGACAGUUUGCUCGCCCACAAGGAAAACCCCGAUCGAGCCGGAAAUAAGUGGCAAUUCAGUUUUGAAGAAAUGCAAGCCACGUUGCAACGAGAAUUGGGUGGGAAUAAUGGUAGUAGUGGUAGUGACGACGGUGGUCCCGAAGAUGCCAAUGAACUGCAAGUCCUCACCACGGUAUUUCCCGAUUUGACGCAAAUUUUGUGGAGCGAGGACGCGGCGGGAGCUUAUUUGUUUGAUUCGCCGGGAAGCUCCGACUUUUUUGACGACAAUGACGACAACAGUAUUCGUCGUCGCAAAACAAAACGAGCCAGUAUUGGAUACAUGGAAGCCAAGAAUCGAUUCAACUUUGCCUUUCGCAAACUGAUGCGGGUUCUCUGCGGUUUUGGUCGAGUCGUACUAUUCCUCGAUGACACGCAAUGGGCCGAUGGAGCGUCCCUCGACUUGAUCAAGACGCUCGUCACGGAUUGUCGACGAGCUACCGUUCCACAACCGUGCAUUGCCUCGGAAGAAUUCAACAACAAUUCAGACAAUCACGAACAAGGAUUGAUCGUCAUUGCCACCUAUCGAUCCGAGGAAGUCGAUGAACGACAUCCACUCAUGACCACUGUGCGAGAACUAGGGGCCAUGGUCCAGGCAGACAAAGACCUUUCCUUGGCCAUUCAUCAAAUGCCCAUUGGGAAUCUGGAACUCGGACAAGUCAAUGAACUACUCGUCGAUCUACUCAGUGCCGAAACACCCGAAAAAGCACUUAGUUUGGCCGAAUGCGUACACCGAAAAACAAGUGGCAACGUUUUCUAUGUCGUCCAAUUCCUCAAGAGUUUGGCGGCGGAUCACGGGGAUGCUCCGCCGUUGUUGCGAUUCAACGUCGGAACGUUUCGAUGGGAUUGGAGUACCGAAGAGAUUACACUCCGCGAAUCGGCCACGAGAAAUGUCGUGGAAAUCAUUCAACAAAAGAUGGAAACGCUGCCCAAUGGGAUUCGCGAACUGUUGCCCAUUGUGGCAUGUCUGGGAUCCUCCUUUGAAAAGUCCGUCUUUGAACGUGUACUCAAACACUUUAAUGAUGAAGUCUUCUUCCCACCCGAAUCGCCCACGGCGGGCGGCAGCAUGAAACCCAUUGAAGAGUCGACGCGAUCCUUGGAAGGUUUGCCCGUUCACAUUGCUGACGCCAGCGAAAAGGGAAACACAGAAGCCUUUCAUCCGGAUGAUUUUAUGGACUUGUGCCAUCAGGAAGGACUCUUGAUUAUAGACAAGAAACGAAAGACCAUUCAGUGGGCGCACGACAAACUCCAGGAAUCGGCAUUGACGUUGGCCGAUCCAGAAAACCUGACGCUCUGGCGGUACAAGUUGGGAGAGUUUCUCAUGGAAGAAUUCGAUCAGAAGGAACUCGAAGCCAACAUCUUCAUCGUAGUCAACCUCUUGGACGAGGACACCAACAAAAUCCCCAAGAACAAUCCCAAACGAGCCAUGCUGGCGGAACUUAACCGAACGGCUGGUGAGAGGGCCAUGAAGGGUGCCGCCUUUCUGAGUGCUGCGGCGUACUUGGCGAGAGGGAUCCAACUUCUUCCGGAAGGGUCCUGGACCACCCACUACAGGCUGUGCCUCCAACUCUAUUCCUCUGCCGCAGAAGCGCAUCACUGCAUUGGGAAGGUCGAAGAAACUCAAGCCUUUUGCGAGGCUGUCAUUGGAGCAGAAGAAUGUGCCGGACGGCCACUUUUGGACAAGCAGAGAGCUUGGACCACGCUGCUGGAUUCUAUUGCUGCCGGAGGACAGACAGGAUUGGCACAAGAAAAGUGCCUCGAGGUUUUGGAACUGCUUGAUUGCAAGUUCCCCAAGCGCGGUUGGGUUUUCCAUACGUUAGGAGGGUUGAUCAAAGCAGAGAUGAACGUGAAGAAAAUCGAACAGGCAAUCCCCACUCUGUCUGUCAUGAAGGAUCCAUCGAAGCAAUGGGUGAUGAAGCUUCUCGACAAGCUGGUCACUUAUGCUUUCCAAAACAAAUCCGAAAUCUUUCCGUUGGUGAUAUUCAAAGGCCUGAAAUACACUCUCAAAUUCGGAAUCAGCGACUACACGCCUCCCGUUCUAUCAACCGUGGGCUUGUUGUUGGCGGCAGCUUUGGGAGAUCUAGAAGGUUGCAGAAAGUUUGGGGAAAUGUCUCUGGGGCUGUUCGAAAAGGUCGGCGAUGGGAAAGAGCAAAUCAACACAACCGCCAAGUCAAGGAGCCAGUUUGUGACGGCAUCUUUUGUACUGCACUGGCAGCUGCCACUGACAUCCCUUCGAAAAGUUUUGCUGGAUGGAUACCGAGGGGGUCUCAGCACAGGUGAUGUCGAGAGUGCACUUUGGAGCAUUAUGGUCUAUUUGGAAAUCGGGUACCACCAGGGCCUACCGCUGGAUAUGCUAGAGCGAGAUUGCAAAGUCUACAUUCAACAGAUGAAAGAUCUCCAGCAAGAGCAAAUCGCAUGGGCAUCGCGAGCUGUAUGGCAGCUCGUCUUGAACCAAUCGGGAAUGGAGGAAGACGCGUCAGACUUGAAUGGGCAAGCCUUCAAUUGGGAUGAGCUGUUCUCGUGCUCAGACGAUUCACACAGCAAUGCCAAAGGCCACGCCAAACGGAUGCGGUUGGACAAUGCGUUCUGGAAUGGGGAUUUCAAACGCAUGGUGGAGCUAAUCGAAGAAUUCGACGCACACAAAGGAUUUUUCGAUAAACAGUUCACAGGGGCCUAUGGGCUGCCUCCUCUCCACUUUCACUGUGGUUUGGCUUGCCACGUAGAAUAUCAACGAACGGGGAAGAAGAAAUUCAAGAAUAUGGCACAAAUUCAUUCAUCCAAAAUAGCCGAUUGGGCCAAGAAAUCCAACCCCAAUGUGGUCCAUUACGCAAAGAUUCUGGAAGCAGAAAAAAUAUCCACCAAAAAGAAAAUGUUUCCCGAAGCGGUCAAGCUUUACAAGGAAGCAAUCCUCCUGGCCGGCCGAUCAGGAUUUCGCCAUAUCCAGGCGCUAGGCAACGAACGUCUCGGUGACUUUUACGCUCGUCACGAACUUGCAAGUGAUGCAUCCUAUCACUUGCUGGAGGCUGUCAGGUUGUAUCGUGAGUGGGGAAAUCAUGAGCGAGGAAAGCUGAUAAUGCACCAGGAGCAUGGAAAGCUUGGUGCCUUCCUCAACAACAUAGCGACGGCCCCAUCAUCGCUCGCUUUUGUUGACACGCAAUUCACUGUCCACACCAAUCUUCCGAGUGAUGACGAGGAUGGGCUCGAUGACGGGCUCUUUGAUUAA